UGGUCUGUCCUUCCGCAGCUGGUGGCGAGCCUUGGCAAAACUAGAAUAUACUACGGUUGUGGCUUCCAAAUCAAGAGUCAAGUUCUCCUAUGCAUGAAUUCAGGCAGAAGGCUAACCAGCAGAAAGAGGACUAAAUGGCAAAGAGUAUCGAAAGAAAAAAGAUGUAACAAGACAGGUGAGGAUGCAGUGUUGGUCAUUGCAGGAUGUUGCAGUGAAACCAGACAACCCGAACCAAAGCAAAGACCACCGAGAAGCCCACAGUGGGCAGCAGGCUUCCCGGUUUGCAGAGUCAUCUACCUUCAGUGCAAGUGUAGGAUUGAUGAGACCGGGGCAGCAGGACGAGUUCCCAGGUUGAGACGCCGAGGCCCCUGGCGUGCUGGCCUCCCCCAGCUCCUCGCCGGCAGGACAGAAGGUAACCCCGCUCGCCCCUCGCGUCCCCGGGAGAGCGGUGCCGGACUCGGGAGAAGCACCGUGCCGCAGCGGUGGCACAGCCCGCCGGCGUCGCGGGCCCCGGGGAGCCGCGGGCCUGUUGCCCGGUGGAGGAGGGCGGGCGGGCGGGCGGGCGAGGCGGCUCCGGCGGCUUCGCUUGGGGACGCCGCCUGCCCUGCGGGUCGGGCCGGGCAGCGCCGGGUGUCGUCCGCCGCCGGGGCUGCGCUGCCGGCAGCCGGGUGCUUCCAGCACAAAGGCGGCGGAGCGCGGUGUGCAUUCGGUAUUCCGCAGCCGGGUUACACGUGA